ACGUUAUUAUGCAGAUUUACAUGUGUUAUAUUUCUUUUCGGUACUUUUCAGUUUUCCCGACUACCACUAGUCUAAUUUCGUUAUAUAGACUGUACAUAGAAAUAUUAAGAUAUUUAUCUUAUUAUGUCUAUGAGACUGUACGUAUCAGUAAAUCUCCGUCAUCAGCACUGUUGAACGAUAAUGUUUGUCGCCUCCAACCGACGUUCAAAUUUAAUUAUUUUAGUUAUAAUUUAGUAUUUACAAUUAUGAAUCUUUGGAAUUUACGUAGUAGUGAAAAAGAUGCCGUUGAAUUCUUUCAACAGAAGGGUUUACUUCCGAGACACCGUCAAUGAAUAUGUCCGAUAUUGCAAUUAAUCGAUUAAUUAAAGAACGUAAAAAAUGGAAACGGCAUCAACCAUUUGGUUUUAUAGCUAAGCCAAUCAAAAAUGCAGAUGGCACAUUGGAUUAUAUGAAUUGGGAGUGUUAUAUUCCAGGAAAAAAGAAUACUCCUUGGCAAGGUGGUAUGUACUUUUUACGUAUGAUUUUCAAUGACGAUUAUCCAUCCAGUCCACCUAAGUGUAUAUUUCAGCCUCCAUUAUUUCAUCCAAACAUUUCGGCAGAUGGUAUUGUUUGUUCAUCAUUAUUGGUUCAGAAUUAUGAUUGGCAUCCAACCUUAACGAUCAAAAAUAUUCUCUUAGGUAUUCAACAAUUUUUAAACGAACCAAAUAUCGACGUUUACGCACAUCGAGAGGCAUAUUUUUUCUAUAGCCAUGACCGCAUUUUAUAUAAUAAGGAAGUAAGAGCACAAGCCAAAUCGUCAAUAGCCAACUGGUUAGCUACUAGAUGGUAAUAAGA